AUGAAGCAAAUUGAAGCCGAAGCUGAAGCUGAAGUAGAAGAAGACUCAGACUCAGAUGAUGAUCCUGAGGCUCGUCCAGACUUCAUCCCUGACACUGAUUCCGACGAAGAUGAAGAUAGCGAUGACAAAUAUGAUGACUCGGAUGACGAGAAGGACAAAAAUGAUUUGUUGCAGGAUAACCAGAAGAAUUCUUUAUCUCAUAACUCUAGGCCCAAGCGGACUGUUAGAGCUCCUUCCCGGUACAUGCCGGAUUAUGCUGAGGCUGGAUCAUCUGCGGAUGUUCGUGUCGUCGUUGAUGACAGAAAGAGAAGGAGUGGAAAGUUUGUGACCGUGGUUGAGGUUGAAGACAGCAACACCCGAGUUGGUGAAGACUCUGAAGAAUCCGUAGAUAUUGAACACAGGGUUCACGCUCGUGAAUAUCCAACAGAUGGACUAUCGUUUGAAGCUCCUAUGAUCAAUAAUUUCCCGGACAAUGAGGUGGUUGGUGGAUUCGCCAUACCCAAGUGUCACACGCCUCUUUACACCAAGAUCUGGAAAAGAUAUGGACAUAUUGCUACAACCGAGGUGUGGAAGGGUUUUCUACCAACCCUCCUAACUACAGUUGUAGGGCUGUUACCGAUCAUUGAGGAUAUGGACCAGAUGCGCCUGCGAGAUGUCAGAAUCAGGAAUUGCACAGGUGGGAUGAGAUGA